CACACACACAGACACACACACACAGACUCUGAGCUCACAGCUGUCACAGGGAUCAUGGCGGCAGUCGGAGCCGGGGUCAGUGAGGUCAUCGGGUCGUGGUUCCUGCCAUCAGGAGUGGUCGGGUCCUUCAUCCUCCUCCUCCUCCUCUCCAUCCUCCUCUCGGCUCUGUGCAGCGAGUGCAGCAGACGUUCAUUUGAGCUUCAAGAUCCAGAGGGGGACCCAAAUCCUUCAACUCUGAUCAGUGUGGUGAAACUUGAGGAAACUUUAACAUCGAGAGACAAUCCUGUGAUCAGCGAGAUUCAGAACGAUGAGAAAGAAUUCCGUCCUUCUGAAGGAAAGUCAGCCUCGUUCCCUUCCUGGAAGAGCCACCUGGGGGCGCCAGCGAACGACCAAGAUGUUUGGACCAAUGGCAGUGCAGCAGUGAUGGAAACACUUCCUCCUGCUGGGGCUGUGGAGGAAGACUCAGCCCAGUUCACGACGUGGAGGAGCCACCUGAGGGCGCCAGAGCAAGAAGACCUCAACCACAUCUACCACUCCAUCGGAGGAGGGCGGGCCGACGCCAACACGGUGACGCCGAGGACCAAUCCUGACCAGGAGGGCGGCGACAGAGCUCGUCUUGAUGCAGCGAGGGCAGAAUUCAGUGACAUAAAUUCAGCUUAUGCUCAAGUCAGCAGGAAGGUGAGACAGGCCCCGCCCCCUGUCCAGACCCCUGUGGUGGCACAGGUGAGGGGGGGAGAGGAAGGGGAGGAGCCUUCACCUCCACUGCCUGACAGAGAGAUGGAGGGAUGAUGGAGAAAGGGACGGCAGCUAGAGGAAAAAGAAAUGAAAGACUAAAGACAAAAAAGAUAAAACAUGGAUAUCAGAAAAAAUGGAUGGAUAAGAUUUAGGGAGAAAUAACAGAAGAUAAACAACGAGGGAUAAAUAAAGACAAAGGAUGAGGAGGAAACAUUCCAGAUGAAAGUCGAGGAGAAGGGAUGAGACACAAAGGAAGAGAAGAGACAAAUGAAGGACAAUGAAUGGAGGUAAAAGCAGAGGAGGAAGGAGACAUGAAGGACGUGAACACGAGACAGAGACGUGUUGCUCACAACUCAAUGUAAAUAUGAAAUUAUUUGGAUUAAAAAGGGAAGAAACAAGGUUUAAAUCAGAGCCUACAUUUCCCAUAAUGCAAAUGUGCAGCAUUUUCAUUGGCUGAGUGAGUUUCAUGUGUAAAGUGGUGGAACAGCCCUUUGAAGAAUCAAGAAUAAAAACAUUUAUAUAUCA